CUUCACUUUAGAAGUUUAGGUGUUCGGUGGGGCUUAUAUUGAUGCAAGCUGCGACUGUUUUAUUGAUUUUAGUUUUCAUUAAAUACAUUUUCAUUACAAAAAAUUUAACAUCAUGGGCGAUUCCCUAGAUGGGAGUGAAAACGCGCCCGAGCAGAAUGUAGUUGUCGUGGAUUUUCAAAAUUUCGCCAACUAUCUUCUUCGUGCUGCAACGGUACUUUUGCCGGAAGAUGACAUAGUACCCCCAGCACUGAAGACGGCUCUUGAUGAUAAAGUUAAUCAAGACUGCAUUAAGAAGUUUAUCUCAGAUCCUCAGGUGUCGUCUCUUCACGUGCAGAGAUUUUCAUUAAAAGAAGAUGAUAGUGAACAGCCAACAGAGGGUGAAGAAGAAAAAGAGGCUGUCACUUAUCAAAUCAGCAAUGAGGUACACUUCACAUCACCUCGAGUUGCAGCUUUUGUCUGUGUCAAAAGAGGUGCAGUUAUUGAAGCUGAUAAAUCUAUCCAUAGCCAAAUUCGUCUUAUUAACCUCUCUGAUGGCUCACCUUAUGAGACCCUGCAUGCUUUUAUCAGCAAAACCAUGGCCCCAUUCUUUAAAAGCUAUGUUAAGGAGAGUGGUAGAGCAGACAGGGAUGGCGAUAAGAUGGCACCAUCAGUGGAGAAGAAAAUAGCAGAACUAGAAAUGGGGCUUCUGCACCUUCAACAGAAUAUUGACAUCCCUGAAAUCACCUUGACUGUUCAUCCAGUUGUUGCUACGAUCAUCAAGAAAGCUGCUGAUGAAAACCGUAAACCUCGUGUUGCUGAUUUUGGAGAUAAAGUUGAAGACUCAUCAUUUCUGAACCAAUUACAAAAUGGUGUGAACCGGUGGAUCAAAGAAAUUCAGAAAGUGACAAAAUUAGAUCGUGACCCAUCAAAUGGCACAGCUCUUCAGGAGAUCUCAUUCUGGCUCAAUUUGGAAAGGGCCCUUCAUCGCAUUCAGGAGAAGAGAGAGAGUGUUGAAGUGGCUCUGACUCUUGAAAUUUUGAAAUAUGGCAAGCGUUUUCAUGCCACUGUGUCAUUUGAUACAGACACUGGUCUCAAGCAAGCCCUUGCUACUGUGUCUGACUACAAUCCAUUGAUGAAAGACUUUCCUAUCAAUGACCUCUUGAGUGCUACGGAAUUGGACAGAAUCAGAUUGGCAGUACAGCAAAUAUUUUCCCAUUUACGAAAAAUUCGUUCAACCAAAUACCCAAUCCAAAGAGGACUACGUCUUGUUGAAGCUAUAUCCAGAGAUCUAGGACAGCAACUAUUAAAGGUGCUUGGUACACGGCGUCUAAUGCACAUUCCGUUCGAAGAUUUCGAGAGGGUAAUGACGCAGUGUUUCGAGGUGUUCUCCUGUUGGGAUGAUGAGUAUGAGAAACUACAAGGCCUUCUGAGAGAUAUAGUGAAGAAGAAGCGAGAUGAACAUCUGAAGAUGGUGUGGCGCGUGUCUCCAUCACACAAGCGGCUGCAGAUGCGGAUGGAGCACAUGAGGAGGUUCCGCAGGCAUCACGAACAAUUACGAACUGUUAUGAUCAGGGUGCUCCGCCCCCGCGCGACCCCGGCCGCAGAGCACGGUGGCAGCGGAGAGACGGUCCAGCCGAUGUCGCUCCCCAUGGACGCUGCUGACGCCAACGCUAUCGCUGAGGUGAACCUGGCGUAUGAGAAUGUUAAGGAAGUUGAAUGCUUGGACAUUUCCCGCGAAGGUGUGGACGCUUGGGAGGCAGCAGUGCGCAGAUAUGAGGACAGAAUCGACCGCGUCGAGACCCGCAUCACGGCUCACCUCCGCGACCAGCUGGGCACGGCCAAGAACGCCAACGAGAUGUUCCGCAUCUUCUCGCGGUUCAACGCGCUGUUCGUGCGCCCGCACAUCCGCGGCGCCAUCCGCGAGUACCAGACGCAGCUCAUCCAGCGCGUCAAGGACGACAUCGAGACGCUCCACGAGAAGUUCAAGGUCCAAUAUCCACAAUCGAAGUGCAGUAGACUGUCGCUGGUACGAGACCUGCCUCCGGUCGCCGGCUCUAUCAUCUGGGCCAAGCAGAUUGAUCACCAACUCACCGCCUAUCUGAAGAGAGUCGAAGAUGUUCUUGGUAAAGGUUGGGAGAACCACAUUGAGGGACAAAAGUUGAAAGCCGAUGGAGACAGCUUCCGACUUAAACUGGACACUCAGGAAGUGUUUGACGAUUGGGCUAGAAAAGUACAGCAACGCAACUUGGGCGUGUCGGGACGCAUAUUCGCGAUCGAAUCAGUGCGGGCGCGGUCCACUAAGACCGGAACUAUUCUCAAGCUGAAAGUCAACUUCCUGCCCGAAAUCAUUACGCUAUACAAGGAAGUGCGCAACUUGAAGAACUUGGGAUUCAGAGUUCCAUUGGCGAUAGUGAACAAGGCCCACCAAGCGAAUCAGCUGUACCCGUUCGCGAUUUCCCUCAUUGAGAGUGUGCGCACCUACGAACGUACGCUGGAAAAGCUAAAUAAUAGGAAUCAUACGAAGAUUCGCGACAAAGCUUCGAUAAUUCCCCUUGUGGCGGGUCUUCGUCGGGAUGUCUUGAACCAGGUGUCCGAGGGUAUGGCCCUGGUGUGGGAAUCCUACAAGUUGGACCCCUAUGUGCAGAAGCUGAGUGAAGUGGUUUUGAUGUUCCAAGAGAAGGUUGAAGAUCUACUGUCAGUGGAAGAGCAGAUAUCGGUGGACGUGCGCUCGCUGGAGACCUGCCAGUACGCGGCGCAGAGUCUGGCGGAGAUCUUAAACCGGCUGCAGAAGGCCAUCGACGAGCUGUCCUUGAAGCAGUACAGCAACCUGCAUGUGUGGGUGCAGCGGCUCGAUGAGGAAGUAGAGAAGAGCCUGGCGGGUCGGCUGCAGGCUGGUCUGGAAGCAUGGACCGCUGCACUGCUGGGCAAGGUCAACGAGAAGGAUCUCUCGAUGGACACGUACUCACCUACCGAGACCACACACAAGCCGGGAGGAGAACCAGAGAUCGCUUGCGUGGUGCACGAAGUUCGUAUCACGAACCAGCAAAUGUACCUGUUCCCCUCGCUGGAGGAGGCGCGCUUCCAGCUCAUGAGGCAGAUGUUCGCGUGGCAGGCCAUCGUCACCAGCCAGCACCGCUUGGAGAGUGCACGGUACCAAGUGGGCGUGUCCCCCGCACAGACCGUGACCUACCGUACGCUACUCACCAAGCUGCCGGGAGGAUCGGCGCCGCUCGAGAAGGCGUACGGCGCCAUCGAGAUGAAGAUCUCGGAAGUGCGCGACUACGUGGACAAGUGGCUCCGUUAUCAAGCCUUGUGGGAUCUGCAGCCUGAAAGCUUGUAUGGUCGUCUGGGUGAAGAUAUCUCCCUGUGGAUCAAGUGUCUCAAUGACAUAAAGAAAUCGCGAACGACCUUCGAUACGUCGGACACACGGCGCGAGUACGGGCCCGUGGUGAUCGACUUCGCGCGCGUACAGAGCAAGGUGGCACUUAAAUACGACGCGUGGCACAAGGAGGUGCUGGGCAAGUUUGGAGCGCUAUUGGCCGGAGAGAUGGUGCAGUUCCACGGUCGGCUGGCCAAGUCGCGCGGCCAGCUGGAGCAGCAGACCAUAGAGGCGGCAUCGACUAGCGAUGCAGUGUCGCUCAUAACAUACGUCCAGCAGCUGAAGAGGGAAGUGCUGGCGUGGGAGAAGCAGGUUGACGUGUACAGGGAGGCGCAAAGGAUUCUGGAAAGACAAAGAUUCCAAUUCCCAACUAACUGGCUGCACGUGGACAAUAUUGAAGGAGAAUGGAGCGCUUUCAACGAAAUCAUGCGUAGGAAAGAUUCUUCCAUACAAACUCAGGUGGCGUCGCUGCAACAGAAGAUCGUGGCAGAGGACAAGGCGGUAGAGGCGCGCACGGGCGAGUUCCUGGCGGAGUGGGAGCGCAGCAAGCCCACGGACGGCAGCACGCGGCCCGAGGACGCGCUGGCGCGCCUGUCGGCCAUGGAGGCGCGGUACGCGCGCCUCAAGGACGAGCGCGACAACGUGGCCAAGGCCAAGGAGGCGCUCGAGCUGCACGACACAGUGAGCUCAGCGAACAACGAGCGCAUGACGGUCGCGCUCGAGGAGUUGCAGGACCUGCGCGGCGUGUGGUCCUCGCUCAGCAAGAUCUGGACGCAGAUCGACGACAUCAGGGACAAGCCCUGGCUCUCAGUACAGCCCAGGAAACUGAGGCAACAAUUAGAAGCAAUGUUGACGGAGCUGAAGGAAUUGCCCGCCCGACUGCGCAUGUACGACAGUUACGAGUAUGUGAGGAAACUGCUGCAGUCUUACACAAAGGUGAACAUGUUGAUCGUGGAGCUGAAGUCGGAUGCGCUGAAGGAGCGGCACUGGCGGCAGCUGUGCCGCGCGCUCAAGGUGGAGUGGGCCCUGUCCGAGCUGAGCCUGGGCCAGGUGUGGGACGCUGACCUGCUGCGGAACGAGCACACCGUGCGGGACGUGGUGUGUGUCGCGCAGGGAGAGAUGGCACUUGAGGAGUUCCUCAAAUUGGUGCGCGAGUCUUGGCAGAGCUACGAGCUGGACCUGAUCAACUACCAGAACAAGUGCAAGAUCAUCCGCGGCUGGGACGAUCUCUUCAAUAAAGUGAAGGAGCACAUCAACAGUGUCGCCGCCAUGAAACUUUCUCCUUAUUAUAAGGUGUUUGAAGAGGAAGCACUAACCUGGGAGGAGAAAUUGAACCGCAUCAACGCACUGUUCGACGUGUGGAUCGACGUUCAGCGCCGCUGGGUGUACCUCGAAGGCAUCUUCAGCGGGUCUGCUGAUAUCAAGACCCUACUGCCGGUCGAGACUAGCCGCUUCCAGAGCAUCAGUUCGGAGUUCUUAGGUCUGAUGAAGAAGGUUAGCAAGUCUCCGAUGGUGAUGGACGUGCUGAACAUCCCGGGCGUGCAGCGCUCGCUGGAGCGGCUCGCGGACCUGCUCGGCAAGAUACAGAAGGCGCUCGGCGAGUACCUCGAGCGGGAGAGGAGCAGCUUCCCCAGAUUCUACUUCGUGGGUGAUGAAGACUUGUUAGAGAUAAUUGGCAAUAGCAAGAACAUAGCUCGCCUCCAGAAACACUUCAAGAAGAUGUUCGCUGGUGUUGCGGCCAUCAUUCUCAACGAGGACAAUACCAUAAUUAACGGUAUCGCGUCGCGGGAAGGCGAAGAGGUGUACUUUACGUCGCCGGUGUCGACGGUGGAGAACCCGAAGAUCAACUCGUGGCUGUCGAUGGUGGAGCGAGAGAUGCGCGUGACUCUGGCGUGUCGGCUCAAGGACGCCGUCGGGGAUAUCAAGCAGUUCAAGUCGGGCGAGGUGGACCCCGUCAAGUUUAUAGAUUGGUGCGACAAGUAUCAGGCCCAGAUUGUUGUGCUGGCUGUGCAAAUCCUUUGGUCUGAAGACAUGGAGGCAGCGCUAAGUGGCGGCACCGAAGCGCUGAAGCGGGUGUUGGCCCACGUCGAGGAUAUGCUGAACAUCCUCGCUGACUCCGUGCUACAGGAACAGCCGCCGCUUAGGAGGAAAAAAUUGGAACAUCUGAUUAACGAGUUUGUUCACAAGCGGACAGUGACGCGCCGCCUGAUCGCGUCCGAAGUGAACAGCCCGCGGUCCUUCGAGUGGCUGUGCGAGAUGAGGUUCUACUUCGAUCCUAGGAACAAUGACGUGCUUCAACAACUGACGAUCCACAUGGCGAACGCCAAGUUUCUGUACGGCUUCGAGUACCUGGGCGUGCAAGACCGGCUGGUCCAGACCCCGCUCACGGACCGCUGCUACCUCACCAUGACGCAGGCGCUCGAGGCCCGCCUCGGAGGAUCGCCCUUUGGUCCGGCAGGUACAGGCAAGACUGAAUCAGUGAAGGCGCUAGGUAAUCAGCUGGGUCGCUUUGUGCUGGUAUUCAACUGCGACGAGACUUUCGAUUUCCAGGCUAUGGGCAGGAUCUUCGUCGGUCUUUGCCAGGUCGGAGCUUGGGGAUGCUUCGAUGAGUUCAACCGUCUCGAGGAACGGAUGCUGUCAGCCGUGUCACAACAGGUGCAGACCAUACAAGAAGCGCUUAAGAGUCAUCAGGAAGGAGACAACACUGCAAAAUCCAUAACAGUAGAACUAGUCGGCAAACAAGUCCGCGUGAGUCAAGACAUGGCGAUCUUCAUCACGAUGAACCCGGGCUACGCCGGUCGGUCCAACCUGCCCGACAACCUGAAGAAGCUGUUCCGCAGUCUCGCCAUGACCACGCCCGACCGGCAGCUCAUCGCUGAGGUCAUGCUGUUCAGCCAGGGAUUCAGGACCGCUGAGAAGCUCGCCUGUAAAAUUGUGCCGUUCUUCAAGCUUUGUGAUGAGCAGUUAUCCAACCAGUCUCACUACGACUUUGGUUUGAGAGCUCUUAAAUCGGUGCUGGUGUCAGCCGGUAACGUGAAACGUGACCGUAUACAGAAGAUUAAGGAAAACCUAGUAGAGCGUGGUACAGAAGUGCCCGAUGAGGCUUCCAUUGCGGAGUCCCUGCCUGAGCAGGACAUCUUGAUCCAGUCGGUGUGUGAGACCAUGGUGCCCAAGCUGGUGGCUGAGGAUAUCCCGCUGCUGUUCUCACUGCUUAACGACGUGUUCCCCAACGUGGGCUACACGCGCGCCGAGAUGACAGGUCUAAAGAAUGAGAUCCGUGCUGUUUGUGCCGAAGAAUACCUCGUCUGUGGCGAAGGAGAUGAACAGGGCACUACUUGGAUGGAAAAGAGGCGAACCGCGGCGUCUCGGGCUCAGCACAGCACUUGGAUCGAGAAGGUGCUACAACUAUACCAAAUCUGCAAUCUUAACCAUGGUCUGAUGAUGGUGGGGCCGUCUGGUAGUGGAAAAUCUACAGCGUGGCGAGUACUACUCAAAGCUCUUGAAAGAUUCGAAGGUGUGGAAGGCGUAGCUCACGUGAUUGAUCCUAAGGCUAUGUCAAAGGAGACUUUAUACGGAGUUCUGGAUCCCAACACUCGCGAAUGGACCGAUGGACUGUUUACGCAUAUACUUAGGAAAAUAAUAGACAACGUGCGCGGGGAGAUCAGCAAGCGGCAGUGGAUCAUAUUCGACGGAGACGUGGACCCCGAGUGGGUGGAGAACCUGAACUCGGUGCUCGACGACAACAAGCUGCUGACGCUGCCCAACGGCGAGCGGCUGUCGCUGCCGCCCAACGUGCGCGUCAUGUUCGAGGUACAAGAUCUGAAAUAUGCGACGCUGGCGACUGUGUCCCGUUGCGGUAUGGUCUGGUUCUCGCAAGACGUGCUCACCACUGAAAUGAUCUUCGAAAACUAUUUGCUCAGGUUGAGAAACAUUCCAUUGGAAGAUGGCGAGGAAGACUCGUUCAGCAUAGUGAUGGCGGCUCCAACAGCCGGUGGCGACGUGAAUGCUGUGGAGAAUAUUCUAUCACCGACUCUGCAGACGCAACGCGACGUGGCGGCGAUACUGCAGCCGCUGUUCUACGGCGAGGGCCUGGUGGUGAAGUGCCUCGAGCGCGCCGUGUCGCUCGACCACGUCAUGGACUUCACGCGGCACCGCGCGCUGUCCUCGCUGCACUCCAUGCUCAAUAGGGGUGUUAGGAACAUUCUGGCCUAUAACCGCCAACACCCAGACUUCCCGAUCACCAACGACCAGCUGGAGGCCUACGUGCCAAAGUGGCUGGUCUACUCGCUGCUGUGGUCUUUCGCGGGCGACGCCAAACUUAAAGACCGUAAUGAGUUAGGGGACUUCAUCCGUUCCGCGAGUACUAUGCUGCUGCCCAACUGUGGACCAAACCAACACAUCAUCGACUUUGAAGUGUCGAUCACGGGCGAGUGGGUGCCGUGGUCGGCCAAGGUGCCGCAGAUCGAGGUGGAGACGCACAAGGUGGCGGCGCCCGACGUGGUCGUGCCCACACUGGACACCGUGCGCCACGAGUCGCUGCUCUACACGUGGCUGGCGGAGCACAAGCCUCUCGUUCUGUGCGGCCCGCCCGGUUCCGGUAAAACAAUGACACUGUUCUCCGCGUUGAGAGCGCUGCCCGACAUGGAGGUGGUCGGCCUCAACUUCUCGUCGGCCACGACUCCCGAACUGCUGUUGAAGACCUUCGACCACUACUGCGAGUACCGGAAGACACCCAACGGAGUCGUCCUCGCCCCUGUUCAGUUGGGCAAGUGGCUAGUGUUAUUCUGUGACGAGAUCAACUUACCAGACAUGGACCAGUACGGCACACAGCGAGUGAUUUCAUUCCUGAGACAGUUGCUGGAACACAAAGGGUUCUACAGAGCCAGUGACCAUUCGUGGGUGCACCUGGAGCGCAUUCAGUUCGUGGGCGCGUGCAACCCGCCCACCGACCCGGGCCGCAAGCCGCUGUCGCACCGUCUGCUGCGGCACGUGCCCGUCAUAUACGUCGACUAUCCGGGAGAGACGUCGCUCGAACAGAUCUACGGCACGUUCACCCGCGCCAUGCUCCGGAUGCAGCCCGGCCUGCGCGGGUUCUCCGAGCCGCUGACACAGGCCAUGGUGCGCCUGUACCUGGCCUCGCAGGAGCGGUUCACGCAGGACAUGCAGCCGCACUACGUGUACUCGCCGCGGGAGAUGACCAGAUGGGUGCGCGGCAUCUGCGAGGCCAUCAGGCCGCUGGAUAAUCUCAGUGUCGAGGGGCUGGUACGACUGUGGGCGCACGAGGCGCUUCGGCUUUUCCAGGACCGGCUCGUUGAUGACGUGGAGAGACAGUGGACUGACGAGAACAUAGAUAAUGUUGCUAUGAGGUUCUUCCCAGGUAUAAAUAGAGAACAGGCGCUUGCUAGGCCCAUCUUGUACAGCAACUGGCUAAGUAAAGACUACGUGCCCGUUGAAAGAGAUCACCUUCGAGAAUAUGUUAAAGCCAGGCUAAAGGUGUUCUACGAGGAGGAGCUGGAUGUACCGCUGGUGCUGUUUGAUGAGGUGCUGGAACACGUUCUGCGUAUUGACCGGAUAUUCCGACAGCCGCAGGGACAUCUGCUGCUUAUCGGUGUGUCCGGCGCUGGCAAGACCACGCUAAGCAGAUUUGUGGCCUGGAUGAACGGCCUGAGCAUCUUCCAGAUUAAGGUCCACAACAAAUAUACUGGCGCGGACUUCGAUGAAGAUCUGCGAUCAGUGUUGCGCCGCGCAGGAUGCCGUGAUGAGAAGGUGGCCUUCAUCCUGGACGAGUCCAAUGUGCUAGACAGCGGCUUCCUCGAGAGAAUGAACACCUUGCUUGCUAACGGAGAGGUGCCCGGCUUAUUUGAGGGAGAUGAAUUCGCCGCGCUUAUGACGCAGUGUAAGGAGGGAGCGCAAAGGGAAGGUCUCAUGUUGGAUUCCAAUGAUGAAUUGUAUAAAUGGUUCACGGGCCAGGUGAUGCGCAACCUGCACGUGGUGUUCACCAUGAACCCGUCGUCGGAAGGUCUCAAAGACCGCGCUGCCACGUCCCCCGCGCUCUUCAAUCGCUGCGUGCUCAACUGGUUUGGUGAUUGGAGCGACUCCGCGCUAUUCCAGGUGGGCAAGGAGUUCACGUCCCGCAUGGACCUGGACUCGGCGGAGUACGUCCCGCCCGAGGUGUUCCCGGCCGCGUGCGACCGCGUGGGCGUGCGGCCCAGUCAGCGGUACGCCGUGGUCAACGCGUGCGUGUACGUGCACCAGACGCUGCACCGGGCCAACGCGCGCCUGGCCAAGCGGGCCAACCGCACCAUGGCCAUCACGCCCAGACAUUACCUGGACUUCAUCCAACAAAUGGUGAAGUUGUACUCGGAGAAGCGGGCCGACCUUGAGGAGCAACAACUUCACUUGAACGUGGGUCUCGGGAAGAUCGCGGAGACGGUCGAGCAGGUCGAGGAGAUGCAGAAAAGUCUCGCUGUAAAAUCACAGGAGCUACGUGCGAAGAAUGAAGCUGCCAAUGCCAAGCUCAAACAAAUGGUCAAAGACCAACAGGAGGCGGAAAAGAAGAAAGUUGAAAGUCAAGAGAUUCAGGUGGCUUUAGAGAAGCAAACUAAGGAAAUUGAGGCGAAGCGUCGGGAUGUGAUGGCAGACCUCGCCCAGGUGGAGCCCGCCGUCAUCGAAGCGCAGAACGCCGUGAAGUCGAUAAAGAAGCAACACUUAGUGGAGGUGCGCUCGAUGGCCAACCCGCCCGCGAUCGUGAAGGUGGCGCUCGAGUCCAUCUGCCUGCUGCUGGGCGAGAACGCCACGGACUGGAAGGCCAUCCGCGCGGUCAUCAUGCGCGAGAACUUCAUUAACAGCAUCGUCGCCAACUUCUCCACCGAGGACAUCACUGACGAUGUUCGUGAGAAAAUGAAGACUCGAUAUUUGAGUAACCCGGACUACAACUUCGAGAAAGUUAACAGAGCUAGUAUGGCCUGCGGUCCUAUGGUCAAAUGGGCUAUUGCUCAGAUCGAGUACGCGGACAUGUUGAAACGUGUGGAACCUCUACGUAACGAGCUCAAAGCAUUAGAAGAUCGAGCUCAGUCCAACGUGAAGGCUGGAACAGAGGUCCGAGACUUGAUCGCCCAGCUGGAGAAGUCCAUAGCCUCGUACAAGGAGGAGUAUGCGCAACUCAUUAGCCAAGCGCAGGCCAUCAAGACUGACUUGGAGAACGUGCAAGCUAAGGUGGACAGGUCGAUAGCUCUCCUGAAGAGUCUGGUGAUAGAGCGAGAGAGAUGGGAGUCGAGCUCGGAGACGUUCCGCUCACAGAUGAGCACCAUCGUGGGCGAUGUGUUGCUGUCUGCGGCCUUCAUUACGUAUGGUGGCUACUUUGAUCAACAUUAUCGUCAGAAUCUAUUCUCGACGUGGACCAGCCACCUGGGCUCGGCCAACAUCAAGUUCCGCGCCGACAUCGCCCGCACCGAGUACCUCAGCAACCCGGACGAGCGGCUCCGCUGGCAGGCCAACGCACUGCCCACUGACGAGCUGUGUGUGGAGAACGCCAUCAUGUUGAAGCGCUUCAACCGCUACCCGCUCAUCAUAGACCCGUCCGGUCAGGCGACAGAGUUCAUAAUGCGAGAGUUCAAGGACAGAAAGAUCACGAAGACGUCCUUCCUCGAUGACUCGUUCAGGAAGAACCUCGAGUCUGCCUUGCGUUUCGGAAAUCCCUUGCUUGUGCAGGACGUGGAGAACUACGACCCUAUCCUGAACCCGGUGCUGAACCGCGAGCUGCGUCGUACAGGUGGCCGCGUGCUCAUCACUCUGGGCGACCAGGACAUCGACCUUAGCCCCUCCUUCGUCAUAUUCCUCAGCACGCGCGACCCGACGGUGGAGUUCCCGCCGGACAUGUGCUCGCGCGUGACGUUCGUAAACUUCACGGUGACGAGGUCGUCGCUACAGUCGCAGUGCCUGCACCGCGUGCUCAAGGCCGAGCGACCCGACAUCGACACCAAGCGCUCCGACCUUCUCAAGCUGCAAGGUGAGUUCCAUCUACGACUACGUCAGCUGGAGAAGUCAUUGCUGCAAGCACUCAACGAUGCAAAAGGAAAGAUUCUAGAUGACGACUCGGUUAUAGCCACACUAGAAACAUUGAAGAAGGAGGCCGACGACAUUGGCCAAAAGGUGGAAGAGACAGACAAAGUAAUUGCGGAAAUCGAGACGGUCAGCCAGCAGUAUUUGCCACUCUCACAAGCGUGCAGUAGUAUCUACUUCACAAUGGAGUCCCUGCAUCAAGUACAGUUCCUGUAUCAGUACUCUUUGAAAAUGUUCCUGGAUAUAUUCAGCUCCGUCCUGGUUUCGUCCGGACUUAACGGCCUCACAGACUACACAGCUAGAUUGAAAAUCAUCACUGAUGAAUUAUUCAUAACUGUGUACGAGCGCGUGGCCCGCGGUAUGUUGCACACGGACCGACUCACGUUCGCGCUGCUCCUGUGCCGCAUCCAGCUGAAGGGCGUCGGGAUGGACACCCUGGAGCGGGAGUUCUCCGUGUUCCUGCGAGGACGAGAGGGCGCCGUCGCCACGCGGCCGCAGCUGGAGGUGCUCACGGCGCACCAACACGACGCCGCGCUCCGGCUCAGCUCCAGACUGGUCGCAUUCCGCAACCUGGUGGACAAGUGCGGGUCGCUGCCGGAGCUGGGCGCGUGGCUGUCGCAGGCGGCGCCCGAGCAGGUCGUGCCCACGUUGUGGGACGCCGCGCCCGCCGCGCCGCCGCCGCCGCACGCGCUGGCCAUGUACCGCCUGCUGCUCAUACAGGCGUUCCGGCCGGACCGCGUGAUAGCGGCCGCGACCCAGCUGGUGGCUGCCGUGCUGGGGCCCGGCUUCAUGUCCCGCGCGGAGACCGAACUGGACCUGACCUCCAUCACGGAGCGCGAGAUCAACGCCACGACGCCCGCUCUGCUGUGCUCGGUGCCAGGCUACGACGCCAGCGGUCGGGUGGAUGAUAUGGCGACAGAGUUAAACAAGCCACUGUCGAGCAUCGCCAUAGGGUCCGCUGAGGGAUUCAACCAAGCGGAGCGCGCUAUCAACUCGGCGUGUAAAUCUGGAAGAUGGGUGAUGCUCAAGAACGUGCACCUGGCGCCCGUGUGGCUGGUGCAGCUGGAGAAGAAGCUCCACUCGCUGCAGCCGCACCCCAACUUCCGGCUGUUCCUCACGACGGAGAUCAGCCCCAAGCUGCCUGGCAACCUGCUGCGGGCCGCUCGCGUCAUCGUGUUCGAGCCGCCGCCCGGCAUCCGCGCCAACCUGCUGCGGACCUUCGCCACGGUCCCGGCGGCUCGCAUGAUGAAGCCGCCGUCUGAACGAGCCCGUCUGUACUUCCUGCUGGCCUGGUUCCACGGCAUCGUCCAGGAGCGGCUGCGCUACGUGCCGCUGGGCUGGGCCAAGUACUACGAGUUCAACGAGUCCGACCUGCGCGUGGCGUGUGACACGCUCGACACCUGGAUCGACUCCACCGCCAUGGGUCGUACUAACCUGCCCCCAGAGAAGGUCCCGUGGGAUGCCAUCGUGAGGCUGCUGUCUCAAUGUAUCUACGGCGGCAAGAUCGACAAUCUGUUCGACCAGAGGCUGCUGCACUCGUUCCUCACCAAGCUGUUCACACCCAAGUCCUUCGAGGCCGAUUUUGCGCUGGUCGCCAAUGUUGACGGGGCUAGCGGCAACCAGCGCCACAUCACGAUGCCGGACGGCAACCGACGCGACCAGUUCCUCAAGUGGAUCGAGGAGCUGUCUGACAGACAGACGCCUUCGUGGCUCGGCCUGCCCAACAACGCGGAAAAGGUGUUGCUGACAACUCAAGGUAGUGACCUGGUCUCCAAGUUGCUGAAGAUGCAACAGUUAGAAGAUGAGGAGGAGCUGGCGUACAACGCGGCCAAUCAAGACGACCCACAUUCAAUAGUAGUGGAGGGAGACGGACGGCCGGCGUGGAUGAAGACCUUGCACCACACCGCCACGGCUUGGCUGCACGUGCUGCCCAAGGAGCUGCCGACCCUGCGGCGCACCGUGGACAACAUCAAGGACCCGCUGUACCGCUUCUUCGAGCGCGAGGUGGCGGCCGGCGCCGACCUGCUGCGGCGCGUGCUGCACGACCUAAGGAACGUGACCGCCAUCUGCGAGGGCUCCAUGAAGCAGACGAACGCGACGCGCGCCAUGGUGGGGUCGCUGGUGCGCGGCAUGCUGCCGCCGGCGUGGCGCCGCUACCCGGUGGCGCGCGGCUGCACGGUGCAGGCCUGGGUCGACGACUUCGGCGCGCGCGUGCGGCAGCUGGCGCACGUGUCGCGGGCCAGCGCCGACCGCGGCGCGCAGAGGCUGCAGAACGUGCCCGUGUGGCUUGGCGGCCUGCUCAACCCGGAGGCGUACAUCACAGCCACGCGGCAGUGCGUGGCGCAGGCCAACUCCUGGUCCUUGGAGGAGCUCAACCUGCAAGUGCGGAUCCCGGAGGCGGGCGAGAGCUCAGACGCGCACGACGAGUGGUCGUUCACCGUGACAGGGCUGAAGCUGCAAGGCGCCGCCGUCAAGGGCAACCGUCUGCUGCUUUCCAACGCGAUUCUCACGGAGCUGCCACACACCGUGCUCACCUGGAUACGCGGGCGCGAGGCGGAGACAGGUGGGCAGGCGCUGACCCUGCCCGUGUACCUCACGAGCACGCGCUCCGAGCUGCUGUUCACGGUGCGGCUGAGUGUGGCGCCCGGCCAGGAGCCGCACGCCUUCUACGAGCGGGGCGUGGCGCUGCUCACCUCCACCGCGCUCAACUAACUACUGCUUUAUUCAUGUAGGCGUUCAUUGCGGAAAUCCAUAAUUAUCCAAAUGUUUUGGGUUUUCUUUAGUGUUAAAUUCCGCCAAUAUUUGUCUUUAACCAAUUCGUCACAUGUUUGGUGCCACUGUUUGGCGAGUCAACAUGUCCUGAGGAUGCUUCGUGUAGAGGCGAAACACGUGUCGAAUUAUUUAAAGACAAAUAUUGGCGGAAUUAACACUAAAGAAAACUCAAAAAAUUAGGAUAACUACUGCUUGCUUUAGUAGUCAUUAUAUUGUUGAUUUGUAUUAUCAGGUAUCUUUUAAAAAUAAGAUUAAUUUAUGAAUAUACUGCACCCAGUAAUUGUAAACACUCUACUGGUUAGAGCUAUUAUAGAUUUGAAAAAAUAAACUAUAAAAUAUA